UGAAUACAAGUCGCACAAAAGAGCAUCAUGUUGGGACUUCUCAGUUUGCAGUAGGAAACUGGUCUUCAAUCAUCAAAUGUUCGUGGAUCAGUGGAUGUCUCCAGCGGAACAAAAUCCCUUUGUCUUCUUCUUCUCAAUUCUAAGUUCAGACUCGAAUGGCUAAUUGGAUUCUUUUCACCUUCAUUUCUAUAAAUGGGUGUGAGCCCUCUUCUACUCACGAUCCUCAUCACCCUCUCAUUCUUCCCAGAGUCGACAUCGUUCGAGAUAGUCAACAACUGCAACUACACAAUCUGGCCCGGACUUCGCUCCACGGCCGGCUCAUCACUAAACCUGUCGACCACCGGCUUCACGCUCAAGAGCGGCGCGUCCUUCAACCUCUCCGUCCCCAAAUCCUGGACAGGUCAGGUGUGGGGCCGGACACUCUGCAACCAAUCCUCCACCAGAAACUUCUCAUGCUUCACCGCCGACUGCGGCACCGGAAAAAUCGAGUGCGACAGAAACGGUGGCAGUCUGCCGGCUACCCUAGCCGAGUUCUCUCUCAACCUCACCGGCGGCAUGGACUACUAUGACGUCAGCCUCGUCACCACUGGUGGAGCCGCACGGAGCAGGCAGCAGCAACUGCAGCUCUUCGGGAUGCUCGGUCGACUUGAACGGCUCGUGUCCCAGGGAGCUGAGGGUGGCGCGUGAGGGGAGCCAAGGGACCGUGGCGUGCAUGACGUCGUGCACGGCGUUCAAUAAUUCGUUGUUUUGUUGUACUGGGAGUGUUUUGCCGGAAAAGUGUGCCGGUACCGUAUACACCGAUUUUUUCAGACGGGAAUGCCCACAAGCGCAUGCCUAUGUGUAUGAUCCGAUCCAGACUUCUUCGUACACGUGUGCGUCAGCUAACUACAACAUUGUGUAUUUUUAUUUUUUAGAUAAUGACAAUUUACACAAGAAAAACAGAAACAACUUUAAUGUUAAAACUAUUUUUAAAGAUCAUCC